AUGCCACGGUGCUCGAUUCGAUGGUUCUGUACGCGUACUCCUGCCUGGGUAGACAAGGUGGACAAAAACAACUCCAUACAGCGCCGGCUACAAUUGGCCCAACGCAGGAUUGCCUGUCGGGUAAUUAAGGGUUACAGAACCAUUAGUUUCGCUACGGCCACUAUGCUGGCGGGACCUCCACCGAUAAUUCUAAAAGCGGAGAUGUACGCAGAAGUGUAUGAAGCCACCAAGGAGCUCCAUUCGCAGGGGAUCAAACAGAUCCCUCCUCGCACCUCGGAACUCAUUAGAUCUACGGCGAGAAAUAGGAUGUUUCGCACAUGGGAGGCGUGGACCAGAAGACCUGGCCAAUCGGGAGGGGAGGUGGGGAUAGUGCUACGACCCCACCUCCAAAAAUGGGCCGAGAGUAAAAUCGGUCUCACGUUUAGAUGUAUCCAACUAUUAUCGGGUCAUGGGUGCUUUGGACAAUAUUUACACAGGAUCAAAAAGGAAGAAUCCUCUAGAUGCUGGCAUUGUCCGACUAGGCUGGACACAGCCCAGCAUACAAUAGAGGAGUGCCCAGCAUGGGAAUCGAGCAGAAGAGAGCUCGUCCGGGGAAUUGGCAACGAUUUGUCACUCCCUGCCCUGAUCAGAGCUCUUCUCAAUUAG